AUGUUUAUACGAAAUAGAUCAGCCAUUGCUGUACUCACAUCGCUCAAACGUCCAUUAAAUAGUUGCAUACCCAAGCGUUCUUGGAACACUCAAGCUACAAUGUCCUCUUCCUCGUCAUCAUCAUCAUCAUCAUCAUCAUCUACUACAACUAGACCAAUUGUCAUUUCUGGUCCUUCAGGGACUGGUAAAUCAACUUUACUAAAAAAGUUGUUUGCUGAGUAUCCAAACAAGUUUGGGUUUUCCGUUUCAAACACUACAAGAAAACCAAGAGAAGGGGAAGUUGACGGUAAGGAUUACCACUUCAGCACUGUCGACGAAUUCAAGAAACUAAUCGAUGAGAGCAAGUUUAUUGAAUGGGCACAGUUUUCUGGAAACUACUACGGAACCACCAUCAAAGCAGUCAAGGAUGUUGCUGACCUGGGCAAGAUUUGUUUGUUGGAUAUUGAUAUGCAAGGUGUCAAGUCAGUUAAACAAACUGAUUUAAAUGCAAGAUAUCUAUUCAUCAGCCCACCUUCCAUUGAAGAGUUGAGAAGCCGAUUGGAAGGCAGAGGCACUGAAAGCAAAGAGAGUUUGGAAAAGAGGAUUGCUGCCGCUGAAGGCGAGCUUGCAUAUGCAAAGACGGGUGCUCAUGAUUUGGUGAUUGUCAAUGACGAUUUGGAUAAGGCUUAUUCUGAAUUCAAAAAGUUUAUUUUAGAGGAGUAG